AUGGCCUUCUUGGAAAAUAUCAAGGAGCAAGGCAUGGCUUCCGAUCAUCUGAUUGCAUGGAGUGAUUCGGCAGAGAUUAGGCAGCUGAAGAAAAGUCAGAAAGCACCAACUAAUUUAUAUGGUGGAUCAAUACAUUUCAAUCAUGGCAGAAGCCAGGAAAAAACACCUUUUAAUAUUACAAGAACGGCGGACAAAUUUGUUCAUAUUAAAGAACUUCCAGGAAAACUAGAAAAAACUACAACUAAUGAGAAAUUUUCAUUCAGAGAUGUAAGAUGGUUCCAGAUUGAAGAAUUUGGUAAAACCAAGUACAGAUACCCUUAA